UGUAGUGUUUAGGCCGUGAUAUUUGUGUAAUGUGUAUUGAUUUUUCUUGAUCUCGGUUCUCUCCUCCAUAUCGUCGCGUCCGUGAUCUAUAUACCUCUUACUGAGGUAAAAUUAGAUGUUUUCGUUACACGUAUCGUUUUUUCGGAUUAUUUUAUUUUCGACGCGUAGUGGUAAUUUUACAAUGUAAUUAUCUGGUACUGAAGUGUAGUGUAUGUUGGGGGAAAAUAUUUGUGUAAAGACAUGCUUUUAUUUUUGUGACUCGUCUCACCUUAUGUGACCUAUUUAUUUGCGAUGUCGCGGGCGCGGAACGUGGGUGGCAAUACGGUUUGCCAUUUUCGCUUACCCGACGCAUUAUACAACCUUAUUUUAUUUAAAAUUUGAAUAUAUUCCAUUUAGAUAAAGUAAAUGGUUGAUUGGAAAGUAUGCUUGUAGUCAGGAUCGGAUUAGGCUGAAUUUUGCCAUAGUACAUUACCAAUAUACUUUUCACAGUAAUGAAUGUUUCAAUAUUGAGGUGGAAUAGAACCUAUCAUUUUCUUAUCUGUUUUUUGCCAUUUUUUUAUCUUUGGUGUCUUCAAAUUUUCUAUCUCUUAGUAACUCUUAUCAAUUUUUUUUGCAGAUUUCACUAUGAUUCAGAAUAAAAUUUCACAUCUCCUUGCAUUUUUUUUCUGAUUUUUAUAUUGCCCAACACAAUUUAUUUAAAUCACCUCAUAAUAAGAUGAUUUUGUCUAUGACAGCCUCUUUUUUUAAAUAAAAAUUGCUCUGGCUAGACAUAGUGAAAGAAUUAUCUCUUUAGUAGUCUUGCCCUGGUCUUUCAUUUAGCAUUUGUACCACUGCCAUUAAUAGCACUCAUCUAGAGUUGUAAUAAAAGCAGACUGAUAACAUUGUAGAUAAUUUGAAAAAUAUAGAUAAAACCAAAGAUAUAAUUUAGAGGCCUUUUUCUGCCUCAAAUUCUUAUGGGUAAUGACCCUAAAAUCAUGCUGAAUAGAGUGUAUAUUUUACAUUUUUCCUGAUGUUAAUGUGCAGCUGGGUGCAAAAUGUGUGUAUAGAUUGAUGAUUGAAAAUUCUAUCUAACAAAUUUUGUAUGCAAUUAAAUAUACUAAUAAUUAAAUAAUCAUUCGAUCGACGCUCGAAAAAAUCACAUUGCAUGUGGUGUCGGUAAUGUGAUGUGGACGAGUCGUUGAAUAUUAACGCGUGAUUCGUGAUUUCAGCGGGGCUACACAAUUAAAGCAUGCCAUUUCGCAGUGUUGGUUUUUUUUAAUUGGAAAAAUUGAUUCAAUAUAUACUGAAGCUGUGAUAUAUAUUUCAAGCAACUAAUAGAAAUAUACAUAUAGAAAACCCUAGUUUACCAGCUGGCAGGAGAAGGGAAAUAGAUAAUGUUAUGAAAAAAGCUAGGGCUCAAAAAUCACCAAAUUCAGGCGUAUUUUGGGACAAAAAGCUUUUGGAAGUUGAAGCUAAAGAUCCAAACAGGUGGCGCCACAGCGGAUAUAAAUCUCUAUAUAUCGACGGUUCGUCAUCUCCAUCGUCGAACGGUAGACGUAGUCGUUCGCGUUCGCCGUUACGUCACAGCUCAUCGCCUACCCCAGGAGGUCGUCGUACCCCUUCAAUGCGUCGUGCGUCACCGGCAGUUUACGGAGGGCGGUCCGCCCGAUCUCCCCGUUCUCCGAGAUCGCCACCUCCGCGCAGCGCUCGCUCUCGUUCACGUUCUUCUUCGCCUCCGACGCGCCGUAGAUCGCCACCUUCUUAUAGAAGAUCGUUGCCACGGGGUAGACCGCGUUCGCCGCCUUCGCCGAGGGAGCCUCCGUCGUCUAGGCAUAUUCGUAGAUCCGUUUCUAAUAGUUCAAUCAGCAGUUGUUCAGACGAUUCAUGUUCGGUGUGUUCGCCUAAAGGACAUAGAAAUGCUCGAUCGAGAUCGAAAUCCCGUUCGCCCCGCGCGCGUAAACCAGCUCCAAAAAUCAUUUCGCCUCCUAAGUCUCGGGUACGACAACGUCCACCUUCACCUUCCCCCGUACCAAGACGUGUUGCUAAACCUACCACUCCUCCCCCCGUUCCUAGGAAACUUCCUAAGCCAAACCCUUCUGACAGACCCACCGAUCCUAGAAGACAACCUCCUCCUCCAAGGCCCAGAGGUAGCACUGGAGAGAUUAUUAAUGUUAGAGGAGUUAAACCUCCUGCGAAGCCCACGGCUGUGAAGAAAAGUGGAGAAAAACAAAUGGUGAAACCGAUGUUGUUGAAACGAAUAAAAAAAGAACGAACAGGUAAUCGACCAGGUUCUCCUGGAGCAGAAUCCUCAGGUUCGGCAGAUAGCGGGCAUACUUUGUUGCCUACACCGAUAGUAGCUACCACCAGCUUAACUUUAUCAGAGAGAUUUGGCAAAAUCGCACAAUGGAGUGCAGAUAGAGAAAGAAGGGAGAUGGAAAAUAUGAGAAUUACCAAAACGGGCAGCAAUAUGAAAGUAUUAGUGGAAGAAGACGAUUUCCUGUAUGGUAGUCCCCCAAGAAGGUACAGCUUGUCUCCAGUACCCACUGGUCACUUUCCAGACAAACUGAUGUCUUCCGGCCAAUCAAGAAUGGCGGCAUGGGAUGACGUCCGCGUCCGUUAUCAGUAUUACAAAGAUCUAGGUUAUUUACGUGACCUAACAUUGGAUGAUUAUGUCAAAUGGGAAGAGUGGUGGUACAAAUAUCAAGACUGGUUAGCAAACGAACGCCAUUAUGAACAUUGGUUAGCAUCUCAAGGGGGUGGUAGGCGGAGAGGAAAGAAGCGUCUACCAGCUUCAAAACGUUUGAAUUGAAAGGUGGGCGAAAUCUGAGUGAAACGACGGUUAAAUUCGGUAUUCGGUUAAUUUUGAAACUUUGAUUGUGUUUUUUUUGUUUGUGAUAAUAUUAAGAAUCAACUUUUCGUGGAUAAGUUUAUACGAUUUUAUUUAUACAUUAGUUGAAUAUUGGAUCAGGGAAGAUAAAAUGUCGAAACAACUGUGUAACUACUAAGAUAUAUUAGAUCUUCACAUCACAUUAACGCAUUUCUGGUUUAACAAGCACAAUCUAAGUUUCUGUUAACCUAUUUCAAUCGUUGGCAAUUUGGACGUUGAAAAUGGCGCGUUUAAUUUUGUUUGAGACUUUUUAUGGUAAGUGAACUUUAUGAAAGUCGUGGUAAAUACACAAGGUAAUGUAUAUAGCAUACAGGAAAGUUAUAAGAUAAGGUAAAUUUAUUAGAAUUUAGCUUUUUGCAUAAGUUCAUAUUUUCUUUAUAUGGCAAAGAUCUGAUCAGUUGAAAAUAAUUUUUUAAAGGUGAUUUUGGUACAUUCUUUUUUUCUUUAUGGCGUUUUAUAUUGAGAGUAGUAUGUAUUACUUCACUUUUUGUAAUUAUUUUCACAUUUAAAGGCGAAUUCUCUCAUUUAUGAAUGGUAAUUGGCAUUGUCAGCAGUCAUUUUCCAGUAAAUUCAAUUUCCAAUCAGAACAUUUCUUCAAUCCAUAAACUUAUUAUGUUCAAUAAAACUUCAUUUAUAUAUGAAAAAAGACAAAAUUUGACCUAAACAGAAAACAUGGUUAUAAUCUUUACCAAAAUUCCCAUAUAACUGUAGAUGGGUCUCAUAAAUGUGACAUUUACUAACUUUCAUACCGCACAGAUGGUUGUGGGCUUAACAUAGACCAUUGACUUCAAAUAAACAAAUCUAACAGUGUUAGAUAACAUGAUCAUGCAAUUGAUAUGUUUUCAGAGUUGAUUGGCAUGUGGCAAUAUCUUAAAAACAAAUCAAUAUCAACCAAUUAUCAUUAUUAAGCACUGGUACCAGUUAACGCUUAAUUAACCUCAUUUGUUGAAUAAGUUUCAGGUUCAAAUCGACACCAAACAUAAUUUUAGCUAAAAACUAAUCCAUUAAGGUGAAGAUUUGCAUUACUACUUCAUAUGAUUUAGCUUGAACAAUUAGUAUCUACUUUUUGAUGUCCAAUAAUCAAUUCCAUAAACUCUCUUCAUUUGUGUCUGCGUUAUUUUUUAGAUUUUGGUCCAUAUAUUCCAGCGUCUCUUCAUGACUAAAUUGUAUCGAUUUUGGGCCUGAAAUUUCUUUCUCGUUUAUUAUUACAUAAAUAAAUUUCGUUGUUGGGUUAAUAAAAUCGUAUUUUUUUGUUAUUGCUAAUUUGUGCAUUAUAUAACGAACAUUAAUGAAUCUUUUAUUGAAUUGAUUGUAGGCUAAGAUAUUUAUUAUAUAAUAUAUAAAGUAUAUUUUUAAGGGAACUUGAUAAUUUGUAGAUGAAUUAUUAAUUUUUCGUUAACAUAGCUGUGAGUUUCUUUUUUUGAGUGAUCAGAUCUAAUAUCUAAUAAAAUUUUUAAAAAAAUCGAGCAGCUUCUUUCAUAUGGCUUAUUUUUUUUCUGCCAACUAUAUAGUAGAUUUUCAGACUAUCGUGGUAAUUCAAUGAUUAAGUUAACAUUUUUAAAUGAAGAUAUAAAUUUUCUAUGUCUUUUUUUAAUUUAAUAUUUGAAUGAAUAUCUUUUUUUCAUUCACAUUACCUUUUAAGAUACAAACCGAUCCAAAUUUUGUUCUUUGGAAUCAUUUUAACUAUAGAUUUAUAUAGACACAGGUUGAAACCAAUUAGAUAUACACUCUGUAAAAGGGAUUUUGUCAAAACGUUUUAAUAAAAAAAUUCAAUCCAUAGAUGUCUCUAUCGCCCAUGAUUUUCAAUCCAGUUUGUUGAUGGUUUGUAUUUUUCCGUUUGAUAAAUAUUCAUAUUUUUUAAACAUUAUUCUUAUUAAUGUUGCCUUAUUUUAAUUAUCAAAAAAAUUAGCCUAGCUAGUUAAGUGGUUGUGGCACGUAUGGAGAGAAGGAACAAAAUCUAUAGCAUACAAUGUGAUGCAAUGAUGGUAAAAAAAGACGUGGCAGGCCUAGAACAAAAUUGUUAAAAGGAUGGAAAAUGACCUAAGCAAGAGUUGGUAAUUUUCAGGAAACAGGAAAUUGUGGCGGAAAAUAAGCGAAGUAUAGAGAAGGAUUAUGGGGACUGAUCCACUCCAACAAGAGGAUCUAGAAAACAUUUUUGCGGCGUAACACGACUAGAGAUGUUAAUCUAUUAUUAAUGUAUUACUCAUCAACCUCUCCCGGAUCCAAAUUACAAAAGGGUCAAUUCACUUAAUAAACUUGAGCACUGUGUGGCAAGUAUUCAAUAUCACAGCUUACUGGGUGUCAGCAAAGGUUUUUUUUUGUAAUACCAGUUUGGCAUUGCUAUCGUGCAGUGGAAGACGCCGACAUACUAACUGGCACGAUUUCCACAUUUUUGCUGUUUUACAUCUGUUUAGUCUCAAUUACGAGAUUCGCAUACUUGGCCAGUUACUCCGACUCGACUCUUCUGUCAGGUCUGUUAUCUGUUACCAGUAUAUCAGUAAUAAUGCACCUAUCGUAGUAGAGUUCAAUAUUGUUCUUGUAAUAUAAGUAUUGAGAAGACUUAACUUGUUGGACAGUUUCUGGUGGAUGAUGUUGCACAAUUGAUUAUACAGUGCAGAUAGUCAGUAUUAGCUAACACAAUACGAGCACAUGUUAUAUGUUCAAUUAUCUCUGAUGUUAGCUGAAAAUUUUUGCAUUUGUUGGAUUGAGUGUUUGGAUCUUUAAUCACAUUUUUCUUUUAGUUGCUAGUGUUGAUAAUUUGAUCCUGGAUAGUGAUCAUAAAGUCUUUGGAAACAAUACUGCCAUCUAUUUGAAGGUUUUUUGUCAAUAUGCGGUUAGUCGAGAUGGUGUUGAUGUCUAUUAUGUAGUGCCUUUUGUGAUUAAUGUUCCAGCUUCUCGGUAUUAUUACUUCUCAUAGUCACUUUCAGAAGUCCAAACCCAACAGAUACGUUAAAAAUUUUACUGAUGUGAAUUGGUCUAACCAUUUCUAGUACCUGAAGCUAUUAUAAGUGUUUCCAGUGUUUUUAUUGUCCGCCAAAUAAUACCUAAUAUAUCUGAAAUUUGCGCCAGAUUGAGAAUGUUUAUAACAUUGAUGACAGAUUGCUAUGUAGAUUGCCAUAAUUCUAGUUCCCAAACAAGCGUUACAUAAAAUUAUAUGAGCAGUGUGUAUCUAGACAGGGUUUAAUAGUAAUUAUUUAGAUUAGGUUACACCUAUUCCGAUUUCUUUGAAAUAUUAUUUUAUUAUUAUUUAUAGAGAAAACAAAUAUAUAUGGGGCACGGAAACCAUCCCUUUGGGUACUAGAUAAUUACCUGUUUAAUUAUGGCAUAAAUGGAAAACAUUAAUAGUAAAAAAAUAGUUUAAAUAUUUUCAAGCCUAAAAUAAUUUUAUUCUAACUAUUUAAAAAAAAGUUUUUCAGUUAAACAAAAUUAUUAUUUCUUAAACUUUAAGGUUAUAUAUCCUUAAUUAAAAUCCAUUUUUAUUCAUUGGAUUAAAAUAUUGUUUUCACAAAUCUUUUUUUUUCAGUACUUUUUACAUUUAUAACAAUAUGUUGAUUAAUUUAUGACGGAAUAGUUUUGUUUGGUGCCACGACAGUUUAUUUUAUCAUCCAUAAUAGAUUUUUCAAUUUUUUUUUUCAUUUUCAAACUUCAUAGAAAAACUUGGGAAAAUCGAUAUAAAUUUGUAUUUGAAAAUAUCGUCAAAUUUAAAAAAAAAAUCCGGUACAUCUAUUUUGUUUUUUUUUUUAUAAAAUAUUUACAUGAAUUGUCCUGAUAUACCAUUAUAGAUAAAACGUGUUUACUAAAUUAUUUCUCCCUGAAAACUUGCUAGCAUUGCUGAUUAAUGAUAUUGUUAAUAUAUUUAGUUUAUUUAACAUUUUUUUGUGAUAUCUCACAUUUUUUUAUGUCUAGUAUUAAGAAUAAAAAUCUUGGUUCAGUAUCUAAUUUUUUUUCUAAUCAGUGAUCUUAUUAAUUUUUUACUUUGUCUCAGUUUUUUUUGACUUGUUUUUUUGCGAUUAUAUCCGAAUAAAUAUAACAUUAAAUAUAUUUAUUUGUUGAAA